AAAAAGCAACACAAAUGAUUUUCAAAAGCAUAUGUGGUAAUAAAUAACGUUAUAAUCUUCACUCGAAGCUAAGACCCCAAAAAAAAACAAAUCCAGUGGCACAGAUCAGCCAUUUGUAGACAACCUCAUAAACCCAUUCCACGUGGACCAAUCAAAACAGAAAUUUCCUCAUCAUCUUCCUCGUGGCGCCACGUGGCGACUUGGCCAAUCCGGAUCGUGUGGCGAUCAGAGAGUUAAGAAGAGAUAACGAAUUGUUGUUGAUCACUGGCUUUAUAAGUCUCUCAAAUUCUUGCCCACACCAACAUCUCUCAAUACUUCUUCUUCUCCGAUCAAAAUCUCUCUUCAGCUUCUUGUGUGAUACACACACACUCGUCGCAGUCGUGAGAAAUGGCCGCCGCAGUUUCCACCGUCGGUGCCAUCAACAGAGCUCCGUUGAGCUUAAACGGGUCAGGAGCAGGAGCUGCUUCAGUCCCAGCUACAACCUUCUUGGGAAAGAAAGUCGUAACAGUGUCGAGAUUCGCACAGAGCAACAAGAAGAGCAACGGAUCAUUCAAGGUGGUUGCUGUGAAAGAAGAGAAACAAACCGAUGGAGACAGAUGGAAGGGACUUGCCUACGACACAUCUGAUGAUCAACAAGACAUCACCAGAGGCAAAGGUAUGGUCGACUCUGUCUUCCAAGCUCCUAUGGGAACCGGAACUCACCAUGCUGUCCUCAGCUCCUAUGAGUACAUCAGCCAAGGCCUUAGGCAGUACAACUUGGACAACAUGAUGGAUGGGUUUUACAUUGCUCCUGCUUUCAUGGACAAGCUUGUUGUUCACAUCACCAAGAACUUCUUGACCUUGCCUAACAUCAAGGUUCCACUUAUUUUGGGUAUUUGGGGAGGCAAAGGUCAAGGUAAAUCCUUCCAGUGUGAGCUUGUCAUGGCCAAGAUGGGCAUCAACCCAAUCAUGAUGAGUGCUGGAGAGCUCGAGAGUGGGAACGCAGGAGAACCAGCGAAGCUGAUCCGUCAAAGGUACCGUGAGGCAGCCGACAUGAUCAAGAAAGGAAAGAUGUGUUGUCUCUUCAUCAACGAUCUUGACGCUGGUGCGGGUCGUAUGGGCGGUACGACUCAGUACACUGUCAACAACCAGAUGGUCAACGCAACGCUCAUGAACAUUGCUGAUAACCCGACCAACGUCCAGCUCCCAGGGAUGUACAACAAGGAAGACAACGCACGUGUCCCCAUCAUCGUCACCGGUAACGAUUUCUCCACUCUCUACGCUCCUCUCAUCCGUGACGGACGUAUGGAGAAGUUCUACUGGGCCCCGACCCGUGAGGACCGUAUCGGUGUCUGCAAAGGUAUCUUCAGGACCGACAAGAUCAACGAUGAAGACAUUGUCACGCUUGUUGAUCAGUUCCCUGGCCAAUCCAUCGAUUUCUUCGGUGCCUUGAGGGCGAGAGUGUACGACGAUGAAGUGAGGAAGUUCGUUGAGGGACUUGGAGUUGAGAAGAUCGGAAAGAGGCUGGUGAACUCGAGGGAAGGACCUCCGGUGUUCGAGCAACCCGAGAUGACUCUUGAGAAGCUUAUGGAGUACGGAAACAUGCUUGUGAUGGAGCAAGAGAACGUCAAGAGAGUCCAGCUUGCUGACCAAUACCUUAACGAGGCUGCGUUGGGAGACGCAAACGCGGACGCCAUCGACCGCGGAACUUUCUACGGUAAAAGUGCACAGCAAGUGAAUCUGCCUGUUCCUGAAGGGUGUACUGAUCCUGCGGCCAAAAACUUUGAUCCAACGGCUAGAAGUGACGAUGGAACUUGUGUCUACAACUUUUGAGCAUUCUCCUCCUACCUAUGAUUAAUAAUCUGCUGUUUUUCUAUUAUUGUGUCUUUUUGGUUUUUUUUUUUUUCCCUCCCUUUGUGUAAUUGUGAAUUGGUUCUUGUCCUCUCUUUUUUUUUAUGAUUCAUAUUUUAAACUUGCCUUAUCAUAAUACAUUUCUAUUGCAUGGUUGGCACACUUAGAUGUGAAAAAUGAGGAGCUAUAACCAGAAACUGUAUAUACAUUCACAAGUAAAGCAAGAGCAUUUGACAAACAUGUGUCAACCACUACACUAUUGGCUGGAUUUCUUCUCAAGAUGAAUAUUUGCAAUCUCAAAACUCUCAACUUGAUUAGUAUUAGCAGAUGAACACAUUCCAAUUGUAAAACACAUAUAUUUUUUAUUUAUAAGGCUUUUGAACAGCUAUUGCAGUUUACGUAUCAUCAUACAAACAUAAACCAAUGUUAAAAACUGAGGGAAAGGAAUCAAUUUCCUCACUUUGUUAUCUAUGGACUCUACAUAACAGUAUGACCCACUUGAGCAAUAAGCUAAAGGCUGAGACUAGAUAAAUGAUGAGGUUUUUAAGAUGUAACGACCUUCAUAGAGGAGAUGCUGACCAUAUCAGGGCUUUUGAGUUGAUCAAGUUGUUUCGUACCCAACCGAAGCAAAUACUCGAUGUACUGAAAAUUCUUACGAUCAACCUCCUUUGAGUUCUUGCGGAAUUCUUUUGAAACGAUCAUCUCUAUUCUCUUCCUGUCUUCCUCUGUUGUCUUUGAACGAGCUGCUCUUAGAAACCCUCUGUAGAGACUCAAGACUUGCUUUUGCAUCCCGGAAAGUUUCGAAGCUCCCAUUUUUUAAAUCUUUAAAUGAUGAUCAAAUCCGCUCCAAAACUGAAAGAGCGGAACGUGGAAGAAGCUGUGGGAUUCAGACUUGUGUGGC